AUGUACUAUGAAAAGCAGUCCUGCCUCUUUGUUGAACACUCCCAGGCUUUCUUAUCGCAAAAAGGCGCGGUUCAGGAGACUGUUGCAUGCUGAAAUAGUGACGAUGAUCAAGACUUCAUUCCAUCCUUAUCAAUAUCGGAAUACGAAUCUUUACUCAGGGAAAAGCCUCGAUUAGAAAUGGAUCUGCGUCCUCGAAAAGGUGGCCUAUGCGAAAGAAUCGAUGGUUCUGCAGAAUGUGAGAGAAACUCUUUGGUAAAGUGA